GCUUUAUCCGUUGUUUCAAACAUGUUAGCCAUAGCAGGAGCAUUAAUAGCACUAGAUGCGUUUCUAUUUGGCGCUAGACCUAUAAAUCCAUGGGGAUGUAUACGAACAACUUUUUUUAGUGAGAAUAUAGAUCACCGAAAAAGAAUUGAUGGAAAUUGGACAAUUCAACAUGAUGAAUUGGAAGUUUUUCUUAUCCCCUCUAUUAUAUUUGAUCCUAAAUUAAAAUUCUUCUGGGUUUUAGUUCCAAAAUUGUAG